GCAGGAGGUGACUGGACAGCGAGGGAUCGUCAUCACCCGCUCCACAUUCCCCUCCUCUGGCCGCUGGGGAGGACACUGGCUGGGAGACAACACUGCCGCAUGGGACCAGCUGAAGAAAUCUAUCAUUGGCAUGAUGGAGUUCAGCCUCUUUGGCAUCUCCUAUACGGGAGCAGAUAUCUGUGGGUUCUUUCAAGAUGCUGAGUAUGAGAUGUGUGCUCGCUGGAUGCAGCUGGGAGCCUUUUACCCCUUCUCCAGGAACCACAACACCAUUGGCACCAGGAGACAAGACCCUGUGUCCUGGGAUGCUGCCUUUGUGAAUAUUUCCAGGAGUGUGAUGGAGACCCGAUACACCCUGUUGCCAUAUCUGUACACCUUGAUGUUCAAGGCCCACACGGAGGGCAGCACUGUGGUGCGGCCUCUUCUGCACGA